AUGUCUGACUACGACGAUGACUACGAUUACGACGACUACGACGACUAUGAAGACUAUGAUGACUACGAUGGCGAAUAUGACGACGCAGGGUACGAUUAUGGCGACUACGAUCACGAUGAACAUGACCAUCAUGGAGCCCAUGAUCAUGACGACCAUGAUGCUGGCGGGGAUGCAGUGGCGGAGGAGUUGACGGCGGGUUUUGCCGUUAUUGAAGAGGUGGAAGAUCACCAUGAUCAGGGCAGCGCUUUCGAUGGCAGUGUCCAUGAGGAACACACCGGUUAUGCUGAGCUCGCUCAUUCGGAUGAUGGCUAUGAAAAUGAUGACGAUCAAGUCCCUUACUAUGGAGUGGUUUCUGGUGGUCCCAGCUAUGUUCAAGACCACGAUGAUUAUCCUACAUCGCGCUCCCAAUCGCAAUACACUCCCUCUGCUCCUCGUGGCUCCGCAGGCUACCCACCAUUUGCAGCGAAUGGUAUGAUGGUUGAUCCCCAAAGCCACGGCGGGUCCUACAGCCAACACCCUUCAUCAAGAAGCAGCGGCUAUCAAUACAAUGGCAACCACCAUGGUUCUGGCAGAUGGAAGCACGGAGAACAAUAUCAACAACAUUACAGUGCCGAAUAUUACGAUUCUGUGACGAAACCGGCUUAUAGGCUCAAAACCCAACCCAGCCACCAGACCCACUAUUCACCUUCAGCUACAUCCCACCGCGAUGGGCACGGGGGAAGGCACAGAUCGGACUUUGAAUACUUGCGAGCGUGGAGCGGAAGGCACAACUUUAUGGCUUCCUAUGGCUUGAAACCUGAACCCAGUGGAUAUGAAGAGUCGCGGACUAUCAUGAACGCACUGAGAGACUGAGAAGCUCAAGGAUAUGGCAGCAGCUAUCACUCAGCUUUGGCCACGG